UUAUAGCAGAGUGUGGAGGCCGACUGCCUAAAGCUUUUAUCUUCAUAUCAGCUGUACUCACCAUUGCAUUUGGAGAGCACUUUUGCUAUCUUUAAGUUCAGGGUGCCCUCCCAAGCCUAAGAUGGUCUCUAAGCAUAACUCAUCUGGCAAUAGAGCAUGAAGGCCUGUUUGCAUAUUCAUAGUACUUGGUCUGUGCUGUUUCUUUUACAUACUAGGGGCAUGGCAAAAGGGUGGUUUUGGAAAGGGAGAUAGUAUUGCCUUGGAAAUAACCCAGCAGAGAGACUGCAAUAUCUUUCCUUCUCUAGACUUUGAAACUCAUCAUAAUGAUGUGCCAAUUGUUGAAUCUUCUGAGGCAAAAGCCGAAGUGUUUGAGCCAUGUGAUGUUAGAUACAGUGAUUAUACUCCUUGCCAAGAACAAGACCGUGCUAUGACUUUCCCCAGGGAAAAUAUGAUAUACAGAGAAAGACAUUGUCCACCUGAAGAGGAAAAGUUACAUUGUCUUAUUCCAGCACCCAAAGGAUAUAUGACUCCAUUUCCCUGGCCAAAAGGCCGUGAUUAUGUUCACUAUGCUAAUGUUCCUUAUAAAAGCUUGACAGUUGAGAAAGCUGUUCAGAACUGGGUACAGUUUCAGGACGGUUCUGUUAGAACAGCACUGGAUACUGGUUGUGGAGUUGCAAGCUGGGGUGCUUAUUUGCUGAAGAGAAAUGUGCUUGCUAUGUCAUUUGCACCAAAGGAUAAUCACGAAGCACAAGUGCAGUUUGCAUUAGAGCGAGGAGUGCCAGCUGUAAUUGGUGUUCUUGGAACAAUACGCCUCCCAUACCCAUCAAGAGCUUUUGACAUGGUCCAGUGUUCUCGAUGUUUGAUACCAUGGGCAUCAAAUGACGGCAUGUACUUAAUGGAAGUUGAUCGAGUUCUUAGACCUGGUGGAUACUGGAUCCUUUCUGGACCUCCAAUUAACUGGAAGACUUACUCCAGAACGUGGAAGCGGUCUAAGAAGGAUCUCAAGGCGGAGCAAAGAAAAAUUGAAGAGCUGGCUGAACUUCUUUGCUGGGAGAAGAAGUACGAGAAAGGUGACAUUGCCAUCUGGAGAAAAAAAGUGAAUGCCAAUUCCUGCCGAAGGAAGUCUGGCAGGAUUUGUGAAUCUGGUGAUGCUGAUGAUGUCUGGUACAAGAGAAUGGAUGCUUGUAUAACUCCCUUCCCUGAGGUUGCCAGUGCCAAUGAAGUAGCAGGAGGGGAGUUGAAGAAGUUUCCAGCUAGGCUAUUCGCAGUGCCUCCCCGAGUAGCUAAGGGACUUGUUCCUGGGGUCACUGUUGAAUCUUACCAAGAGGACAACAAACUGUGGAAAAAGCAUGUAGCUGCUUACAAAAGGAUCAUUAAAUUACUUGGCACUACAAGAUAUCGCAACAUAAUGGAUAUGAAUGCAGGCCUUGGAGGAUUUGCGGCAGCAAUUCAAUCAUCAAAAUUAUGGGUGAUGAAUGUUGUGCCUACUGUUGCUCAGAACACUUUAGGUGUUAUCUAUGAGAGAGGUCUAAUUGGGUCAUAUCAUGACUGGUGUGAAGGAUUCUCUACCUAUCCAAGGACAUGUGAUCUCAUUCAUGCCAGUGGCGUAUUCAGCUUGUACCAGAACAAGUAAGCCUCUUGUUUUCUCCAGUUGAAUGCUAUCUAUUGGCCUUAUUUCAUCUAUGUUUUUUAUAGGUGGUGGUUUUAGUUUGGGGAAAGUUGCAUAACUGCAUGCAAGGAAAAACUUCAAGCCACUUAGGAAAGCCCAUAUAACUUAAAUCGCUACUUAAAACAUCUUUAUAAAAGUUUUGACCCUCUAUUGAAUCAUAUAAUAUGAACUCAUAAAUGUGAUAAAACAGUGUCAUAAGCAUAGUUUAAAAGAUGAAACUUUUAGUUGUAGCAGCUGUUUGUGCAGUUUUUUGGCGAGUUCCAAAAUGUGAGUAUCAUCAGACAGAAUUUAAAAACUUUUACAUUGUAAACUGUUGGGCAGGAGCUUAAUUAGAAACAUUUGUUUUGUGGGCUUCCUCUGUUACUACCAAGUGAUCUUGCGUAUAUUUUAUUUAAAUAGUUGUUGAAUACCUGUCUUGCUAAAGUAAAUAUGCGGGGUAAAGUUAAGCCCAUCUGACCCUCCCCAGCUCCUGCACUAGCAUGACUUUCGUGUACUGGGCUACUACUAUGAGUCGCUAAAUUUUAAUGACUGAAAAUAGAGCCAUCGUAAUUUGUAACUCUUGCUCUAGUACUGAGACGCAGUUUGUUAUAUAUUAAGGUAUAUACUACUUCUAAUGCCUUACUAAGUAUAUCAUAUAUAUGACUGAGCAGGUGCAAAUUGGAAGAUAUCCUUCUAGAGAUGGAUCGUAUUUUAUGGCCUGAUGGUACAGUCAUUUUCCGAGAUGAAGUUGACAUCCUAAACAGAGUGAGGAAAAUUGUUGGAGGCAUGAGAUGGGAUACCAAAAUAAUGGAUCAUGAAGACGGGCCCCUGGUAACCGAGAAGAUACUGAUUGUCACUAAACAAUAUUGGGUAGGCAGAAAUGGGAACAGUACAUCAACUGAUGAAUAAAACAUGUCAUUUUAUGGGAUUGAAGUGAAUGCCAAUUGCAUCAUGGUGGAAAUUAAAUUGCUCUGGGGUGGAUAAAAAGAUUUCCGCCCUCAAAGACGUGAUAUAUACUAGUAAAUUCAUGAACUGAAUCACAAAUUUAUCAAGAAAAUAGCAGAAAAGAAAGCCCUGCUCUCCAGAUAAUCAGGCAAAAUUUUUACAGUGAUGGUAAUAAUCUGGUGGCUUGUUUGUUUCUUGAUUGUCUAGAAAAUUGAUUUUUUUUUUAUGCUUUAAUGCCUUGAAAGGUCUCUUUUUAUCAGUUCUCUUGUUCCUUACAUUUGUAACUAGAAGUUAUGUGGCAAUUGUUUUCCAAAUUAUUAGUACCACCAUGACUGUUUCACCAUGGCAUGGUGUAUCAUGUAAGCUUUGUUCAUUUUGAUGUUGUUCUGUUAAUAGACAUGUAUUCUGCUCCUUGAUCAAACAGAAGCAGUGCCUUAGCAGCACAAUAUCACAAUGCCAAAUGUAGAAAUCUUCAUUUGUGG